CAGAGCUUCUUUGUUCAUAUAUGGACCUGUUGGCCAGCAAAGGUUGCUAAAGAGUUGACCGUUAUCGCAAACUUCUGCCGCCCUAGCCUCAUAAAAGGUGUCCCUGUGUAUGAUCUCAGUGUGCUCUCAUCACCUACCGUCCUUGAAAGUUUGACUAGCAUGUCGUACCCCAACCCAGAAGAUCGCAAGCAUAACCCACAACGGAAAUCCGACGAAACUACAACUACUCCCAAGGUUCGCAGAUCCAAGGAUGCGAAAGAUUCAGAAGACGAACGACCCAAGGAUUAUGCAGACAGCUCCUCAAACCAUGAGAGGUUCACGAGUCGUGGAAGGCAGGAUGAGCAUCUGAGACGAAUGCCGCAGGCACAGAUGCAACCCAACACCUGGUCAAAUCCUCCUCCUCAACAUCAAGGCUCCAGUAUGCAAGCACCUCGUCAAGCAAAUCCUUCAUACUAUUCUCCUGCACAAUACGCUCCUGCACAACAUGCUCCCGCUCAACGUCCCCCUGCCCUGCUCAGCACGCUCCUGUACAACAUGCUCCCGCUCAACAUCCCCCUACUCAGCACGCUCCUGUACAACAUGCCCCCACUCAACGUCCCCCUGCUUAUUACGCUCCUGCACAACAUGCCUCCGCGCAACAUUCCCCCGCACAGUACGCUCCUGCGCAACAUGCCCCUGCGCAACAUGCCUCCGCACAACGUCCCCCUGUUCAGUAUGCUCCCGCACAACAUGCUCCUGCGCAACAUGCCUCCGCACAACGUCCCCCUGUUCAGUAUGCUCCCGCACAACAUGCUCCCUCGCAACGUCCCCCCGCACACUAUGCCCCCGCACAGUACCCAACCGCACAGUACCCCACACCUCAGUUUCCUCCCGCACAUUACCCAUCUCAGUUUCCUCCCGCACAAUACCCACCAGGCCCUCCAGGGCGAAGGUGAUGGAUGGUUUAGGCGUCAGGUAUUCAUCAUUCGCAGUGUGACUGCUACGACUCUCAUACGUCAGGUGUAACAAUGUAUUCCGGUUAUCUCAAAUAUGUACAACGAAAGAAAGGUGACGACACGUUGAUUACGACUAGUAUUCGAAACUUCAUGUGUUCCUUGAGAAAAUUCACUUCACAUUACUUCAA